ACCCCUCCCGGUGCCGGCGCUGAGGCCUCGCGCUGCCCGCCCGCUGCCAUGGCCGCUCCGGCACCGGCCCGCCUGCUGCUCCGGGCCGCCGCCGCUCCUUCCCGCCGCUGGUUCCUCUCCGCUUUGCCGACAGCGGGGACGGGGCCGAGCUGCAGCGCCGUGGCCGUGAGGACGUUGCGGCCGCUCAGCCUCUCGGCUCGGGCGGCGUGCAGCUCAGAAGAUAAAAUAACUGUUCAUUUCAUAAACCGCGAUGGUGAUAAGCUAACAGCCAAAGGAAAACCUGGAGACUCAUUGCUGGAUGUUGUUGUUGAAAAUAAUCUAGACAUAGAUGGUUUUGGUGCAUGUGAAGGGACGUUAGCCUGUUCAACUUGUCAUUUAAUCUUUGAAGACCACAUAUUUGAGAAACUAGAUGCAAUUACUGAUGAAGAAAUGGACAUGCUAGACCUGGCAUAUGGUCUCACAGAAACAUCACGUUUAGGCUGCCAGAUCUGCUUGAAGAAGUCAAUGGACAAUAUGACUGUUCGAGUACCAGAAGCUGUUGCUGAUGCUAGACAAUCAGUAGAUUUGAGUAAAAACUCCUAAAAGAAAUUAUCGUAGGAGUUUUAAAGAAGCUUAAUUAUUUUUAUAACUUAUUUUUAAAUGUGUAAUUAAAUAUGGAAACUUACAUAAUUGUGAGUUAUUUUAUAUGACUAUCAGUACUAGAUUAAUGCUAUUUUAAUUUUUCUUUAUAGAACCUCCUAUAUUUUUACGCUUCAGAUGCAAUAAUACUUCUAACUGAUCAUUGGAUUAUAAAUGUUAACAACUGUAUUACAGAUUUCAUAUAAUUUUACUCUGCCAAAACCUUUAAUGAUGACUGAAAACUGAAUCACUUCUACAAGACUUGCAGAUCCCCUGAGCAUUGCGAGGUGUCGGGCCUAGAUCUGUUAGCAGCACUUGAGAGACUGCAGAAGCUCAGAACUAAUUCGCUUUCUUAGUAAAUAUGAUAAUUCCUUUGCAAGUAGUGGAUUUUCAGGUAGUUGUUUUCCAAAUCUAUGAAACUUACUGGAGAUGUGGCAAAUCCCAUCUCCCGAAAAUACUGUUAAAACUGUAAAAAUGAGGGGCCAGUACAGAACUGGGCACAUGCAGUUUGCUUGUUGCAGUAUGCCGCGACUGUGGAGGUUGACGUGGCUUCCAGUAAAGGCUUGGAGCUGUGAAACAGGAAGCAAAUGCAAACUUGCCAUUCUCUGAAAUUGAAUGGCUGAACUGAGGUUGAAAAGAGCAUGGUUUGUCAGCAUAAAAAUUGUUCUGAAUCCUUGUCUCUUACUUCUUCAGUUCUGACCUUGCUCAGGAAGCAGUCUGAUGUUAGCUAAGGCAUUCAGCUUCAGGGAAAUCCUGGAUUCUGUGCCUCUCCCUCAGAAUCAUUUCAUUGAUUGAUGUGACCAAGUGUAUUUUUCCCAUGAAGAUGCGCUAGAUUUCUCAGAAGGGAUGGGGAAACACCUAUGGUGGAUUAUAAUGUAGAUUGAUGGCUGAGAAAGCUCAGUUGGGUGUUAUUUUAGUUGUUCUAAAGUAGGCUAAAAUAAAAUAAUGUGUAAGACUUACAUUGGUUUACCUGCUCUUUGUUGCCAAAAUAACAAAAUGGCUGUCACUAAUACAGGAGUUAUUACUCUUAUAACAUUAUUUUAAGAUUUGGGACAUAUUUUUAUGUAUGUAACAUGUUUAUGUACAUUUGAAUGAUUUAGUACAUUCAUUAAUGCCUUAUUUGAACUGGUGACAGUGAUGCCUAGGCAUCUUCUCUUGCAUUGUUGUAUUUAUGGAGAGGAAAAAAACACAAACUACUAUUUUUCCAGUGCUGAGUAUUGGAAUUAUUUUGAACUUCAUAAAAAGGGGGGGACAGAAAGUCCCUGUUGGAAGAAGAAAUAUUUUCUAGAGCUGUUACGGGGAAAAAAAUGGAUCCAGUUUGGGGUCCUUGAUUUCCUCUCUGAGCAGAUAUUCCUUUGUUUUGUGGUGCUCAUUUUGGACUUCCACCUAAAGCAUGGUGUGCUUAAUGUGCAAGAUCUGCUCCGAGAACGUUUAGGGAGUUGGAAAUUUGCUUUGUAUCUCAUCUAAUUAGAAGUACAACUUCAGAGUUGAAAUUUCCUGCCUUUUUGAAAGCUGGAGAGAAUGAGGUUGGUUGAAGAAGUGUUCUGAAGAUAUUGCUGUCUUCCUUUGUAACUGUUACGAGCAGCUGUAAUUUAGAGGUUGCCCUUCCACAAUCACAUAAGCUCACUGUUUGCAUUGCCUUUAUCCCAGGUUCAUUUAUACACUGCAGUUCUUAUUAAAUACCAAACUUCUAUCAUUUUUACAUGCGAGACAGCUCCUUAGCUUCCAAGAGAGAGAACUCGUAUCAUAACCAGAUGUGCUGUGUCUUACAUGAGAAAGAAUGUGAAGUUUCAGUCAAGAUGUGAUCCUUCAGGGUGGGAUGUGUUUGACUGUAGGGCUCUCUGUGUUACCACAGCACCGAGCGCUGCUCCUGGAGGGAAUCUUGAAGUGCUUAACGCCAUCCUGACCAAAUGUGAAAAGGCUAUUGUCCAAGUUUUCCUUAAAACACAACAGAACAACCUUGGUUUACGUGUGCUACUUCUUGUUGCAAAGCGUUUGAGUCUCCUGUAAGUGUGCCAAUGGAGGGAACAGCAGGACAAGACAAAAAAAGAAUACCUUCAAAGCUCCUUUUGAAUUCUGGAAGAAUUCCAUGGUUCAUAUAAAUGGAAAUCUCAGAAGACGAAAGAACAGGUGUGUAAUCUCCACCAUGCACAUCUCAUAUACUUGUUUCCUUUUUGUCAAGGUGAUUUGCAAAUAAAUCUUAUUUUAUACC